AUGCGCGCGCGGACAGCACCAGGCAGGCUCGGCCUGGUCGCGACAGAUCCAGUCACGAUCGAUAGCAAGAGCGAGACUACGGCAUCGAGAAGCAAGCCUAAUUACAGGCUAGUCGAACGGAUUGCCCCUGCCCUGAAGCAUUUUGCAGAAGCAUACGACGAGUGGAGCAGCUGGACCCCGCCGACGGAUCGCAAGAUGCAGUACCAGUUCCGCGACAAGGUGAAGAUUCGUCUCACGGUACCCGCCCGCCUGGCAAUCCAAGCAGUAAGAGCGAAGGAACCGGACGAGGAGCCCAAGGAGGAGAUGAGCAUGCUGAAGUACGCGCUAGACGGAGGUCAAAGCGAGGUCAAAGCGGAACAGGUGGCUCCGCUAGCAUCCAAGAUGGAGGAUUUGAAGAACACCAAGUGCCGCAUCGCCACGCUGGAGGCCCAGGUCGGGGAACUCGAAUACUACAUCGAGGACACCAAGACGGCCUUGGCGGAGACCGAGGCAAAGAUUGCAGCCGACCUCCACGACAUCAUACACGAGCCUGCUGGUGCCGAGAUGGCGGGCAGCAGCCGCAACCAGGCGAUCGGGGCGCCAUAA